AUGGACUCGGCACCUAAAAGCAAGAAAGAAAAGGCGUCUCACGCCUCUUCUUCCUCUUCUUGGUCUUCCUAUUCUACCACUACUUCUUCUUCCCCCGACUCCUCCGAAAUCUCCUCGUCUUGCCUCACCAGUAAAAUUCACAAGUGGCUCCACGAAACCCUGGCCCACGCCCAGCCGGUCCCGGUCUCAACGCCACCACCACCAUCCACAAACCGCCAUGCAACUCAGAGCCCCUUCGAGCCUCUCGCACUCCCUCCGCCGGCUAUCCCCAUCCCCCCAGCUUCUACAUCCACAAAGUCCAAGUCCAGGUGCAGCCGUGCCGCUAAAUACACCCCGUGCAAGUGGAAGUGCAAGUCUAAAUCCAAGCCCAACUCUGACCCCAUCCCCACCACCCACACCACCCACACCACCUCCCACACCUUCGCCCUCCCCAACCCCAACUCCAGCACCACCUUACCCAAGGAGCCCUCAUGGAAGUGCUUCACCCCCCGCUCCCUGGUAUCCCGCCACCGCGUCCUGCAGAAGUGGGACGCCUACCUCCACCAGCGCGCGGCCGCGCACUGCGCCAUCGCCAUCGUGGUCACGCCGCCGACGCCGGUCCUGGGCCCGCUGGAUGGGGUUAUGCCGCCGACGCCGGUGCUGCGCCCACUGGACUAUGGGGAGGGAGAGGAGGGGGUGGUUGUGCCGCCGACGCCGGUCCUAGAGCCACAGGGUGCGGGAGAGGGGGUGGGGGUGGGUAUGCCGCCGGCGCUGGUCCUCAGUCCACCGGAGCGAGAGGGCGCGACUGGGGCGUGUGGGUUGAGGCGGGCGAAUGCUGUGAAGUGGCGGGAGAACCCGCGGUAUCUGCGAGUGCCGCGAGAUUAG